CUGCUGGACAAAAGUAGCGCAACAACAGAAUUCCACUUGGAGUGUAAACUUCCUCAAUACCGAAUAUUUGGCACCACUAGUGGUAUCGGUUACUUAAAGAAUUACAGGGAGAGCUGCUGCUCUGAGAGUGAAGAGGAAAUCAGUCUGUCAUGGACACACAGCAAGGAACUCAAAGACUCCCUCGUUGAUAUGUACAAAGGCCUGCCCAGCCGGCAUCUUUGUUGUGUCGGUGAUAUUCUGAUGGAUCCUGUUUCAUGUCUGCUCGUCUGACCGCAUCCUGGUGGAUGAGGGUGGAGCCCAACCCGAAGCAGGAUGUAGCACGACACAAAUCCUGAUGUUAAUAUAAAGGGCCUCAGCUAGGCGUGUCGACUCGUCUGUGACCAGCACCUCGUCAGAACUAGCUCAUGUUAACACCAGCUGUCCGCCCUAAGCCCAUGCAGCUAAUCCGAACGUCAAUGAGGAGCUGAAACGGAGACUACCCUCCCCAGUACGUCAUCAGAGCUCAGAGACCACGCUGUUGCCACAACUUGGAAGUACCAACUCGCGAGCAAUUUUGUGCCUACCGUCAAAUCAACUUGGACCAGAGGAACCUAGAAGAGACCGGCCACAAGUCCCCCCAUAUUUAAGACCCAUCGAAGAACCAAGUCAGACCUCCAGCCCCCCCCUCACCCCAGGACCACCACAAGGCCCCGGACACAGCUAAGAGAAUAGACGAGAGGGCCACCAGCCAGAGCCCAUUCACCCUGGACGGAUACAGGUCAGCGGGUCACAGCCAGGGGUCGAACAGCAGUCCUCCAGUCUACAGAAUAAACCUAGUCCCUCCUGACUCCAACCAAGCUCACCAAUCAAGUAUGCAAGAAGACCAAGGAACACACCAAACUUAGCAGCAGUUUCAUUUGACUCCAAAAAGCAAAGCCCUGUCCUGGACAAAGAGAAGAAUAUUGCCUUCCUGCUGAAGGAGUUGGAUUCACUCCGAGAUCUCACUAAAAAGCUCCAGGACAGGUUGGCCAUAAGGGAGAAAGAGUUGGAGAACAGGGUGGUAGAUGCUGAGCUGAUGGAAAGCCAACUGGAGGCCCGGGUCUGUGAGAAGGCUGGAGCCCUGGUGGAGGAGAUCUACCAGGCUCAAAGGGACAGGGACCAGGCAGUGAUGGCACGGCUGCGUCUGGCAAACGAGGAGAGGGACGAGGCCCUGCUCCGGGCCAAGCACCUGCAGCAGGCGGCGUCCGAGCUGGAGAAUAUUAACCCUGAGGAAAAUGAUGUGGACCUUGAGGAGCUGCUGAACAGGGUGAAUAAUGCAGACUCAGCGCUGGGUAUCGAUCGGAGCGGGGCCGUGAUUGUAGACCGGCUGCAAAAGGCCCGGGAGAGAAGGAAGAAGAUCAUAGCGGAGGAGAUGAACGCUGUUAUAGAGGAGAGAGACAACGCACUGGCCAGGUGCCAGCGGCUGGAGCAGGAUCUGGUUCAGGCGAGAGAGCAGAGCCAGACUUCAGCAAACAACUCGAGACACCUGACUGCCGAAAACAAUCAAGAGCUUGUUCUGAAGGAGGAUGUGCAGGCGAUCCGGAGGGAGAGAGACAGGGCCCUGGAGCGCAGCCAACAGCUAGAGGAGGAAAUACAAACACUGCGCACGUACACCAGCCUGAACCAAGCCCAGUGUGAGACAGCAACCAGCAGUCGGAGAGGGCAGACGAGCUCAUCUCUCUGCUCUCCCUCCCAGACCCUCCAUACCAAGCCACUCCAGCCCAGGGAGAGCCCCUCUGGCCUGGCCAGCUCCCCCCAGCAGCAGCCUCUCCUAGCUCAGCUCCAGAGACUGGCUGCAGAACACCAGAGCACCCAGGCCCAGCUACAACAGUCCCAGGAAGCAGCGAGGGAGGCCAGCGACAAAGUUCACAAGUUGGAGCGGCUAGUGGAGGUGCUGAGGAAGAAGGUGGGGACCGGCAGCGUGAGGACGGUCAUCUGAAGGACGUGGCCAGUGGGGGAAGCAGCAGUCAGGCCGUUCAGUUCCAGGCCCUAAACGUGGCACCCUAUUCCUUAAGCAGGUCCCGGUCCCUAUAGACGCUGGUUUAAAAGCAGUGCAUUGUUAAGAUAAUAGAAUGACAUUCGCUGUGGAGCAACCUGACCCAACGACCAGCCCAAUGGCCACAUCUGGUGACCAGGCUGACUCCCUGCCCAUCCAGGCCUGGUCUGCUGCGUUCAACGAUGUGUACACACACCCAAGUCUUAACUGGGCAAACAGUUGUUAGAAGAGCUGCACUCCAAAGCCCCAUUCCAGGCUAGGCUCAAACUGAAUCGUAAAUGUUUAACCGCUUGGGCUGUUGGUUUGCCGCGGACCACUUCUCACACUAAAUUUUACAUUUUACUGACAAUCUUGUUUUGAAUGUUUCUCUCAUUGCCUUGUUUCGGCAUUGAUGUUUGUGUUGCUGCCUAUCUUUGUUACCUGGUAAAUACCUGCCUGCUUUACUGAUAAAAGUGGCAUUCUCUUUGAUAUCCCAGAUCAAUACAGUGUGCUGACAUAUACAGUAUAUGACUGAAAAGGUUAGUGCUGUAUUGUAAAGGUUGUUGGUGCUGCCUGGAUUUCACAUGCUACCUUGGGCCAAAUAACAUUUGUUUUAUUUGGUCAACUCCAUGAUGCUAUCGAAUCACGAAUGGAUGUUGGAUUUGAGGAACAUAAUGUAUUAACUUCCAGUAUUUGUGUUUGCAUCUGUUGUAUUUUAAAGUCAUAAAUGCUGUUAUAGCUCAUGGACGUUUUAUUGUGUGUAAUAUAGGAAAUAAAACAAACAUUUAAAUUGAAUGCUGUCUUUGGCCAAAACUCUAAUGUAAUAGCUUUAAACUGAAGUCAUUUAAUGCGUUGUUUAUAUAUAUUGGUCAAUCAGAUAUUUGGCUACAGAAGUGCCCUUUCUUAUGACAAAAACUACAGGAGUGUGUUAGCUGGAGUAGCAGAGUAGGCUGGAUACUAGAUCAGUGUCUGGCAAGUGGGAGUUUUUUUAAUGUUUUGUGAUUGAGAAAGAGGCAGUGUGACCUUUUUUGUGUCCCAAGGGUUUAAUCUAAUAGCUCAACACUAUCGACUUUGUGUAACAUUAUACUUUUUUUUUCCAACUUGGUUAACACCAUUAAAUCCCUAUGGAAUUGUAUGAAUAAUUGAAAAUAAAAUUCUUAACACUUCUGUUUAUCUAA